UGUGCAAAAACAAAAGGCGAAUGUUCGCUGAGAAUAUUUAUUAUCUAAUCAACGAUAUUUUGACAGACGUACCCCUCUUUAAAGAUCUUACGAUUGCCGCACAGAUAUGAAUUACUAGUAUUGUAUUAACUGUAUUAGGGAUAUAACUGCACUACUGGCCAAACCUGACGCACGCAGAACUUCCUCGAGAGAAGUGAAGUUAUGUAACGAGGAACUCUUACGUUGAUCUGCAUUGCUAGAGGGAGAGGAGCGACGAGAGGGCGCCAGUAUCGAGCAAAGUCUACCUUCUUGCCCCCUGACGCUUCCAUAGCCCCGAGAAGGAGAAAGCAAAGGCGCUCUCUGCCCACCCAUAUCACGGACAUAGUCUACUUGGCCGCCAAACCAACCGCCAAACACAGAAAGGAAGUUGGCACCAAGCGGCGGUCGUCUGCUUCCGUUUUGGCGCCGCCAUCAUGCGGUUCACACACUUAUUUAUCGUCAAUGUCCGAAUGUGACGAACACGACAUCAGUCUGACUACUAAGACUGCGGUCAAUGUCAACAGAGACCGUCUUUUGGAAGACUCUUUUACCAAUAUUCAGCGCAAGUUUGGUUAUUCAAAUUUAGCAAUGUCGUAUGAAGAUUUUGACAUUGUUGGAGAAAGCUUUGAUCACAGGUUUCCGUGGCAAAGAGACAUUUCAAUACAAUGUUGUCUGGAAGAUAAGUUAUUGACUAGUUGCUCAACGAAAACCCGGAAUAGUGUUACUCCUGCAUGGAAUUCAUACCUACCCAGGGAGCGGAGUGCGUCCCUGACAAGGGGGGAGAUGCCGUCACAUCCUCACAUGGUCAGCCCUAGGUCCACUGGGUGUCUGCCCCCAGUCCAUGAAUACAGCAAGAAACAGAUAACGCCUACCAGAUAUUCACAGACCAAUAACGUAGAGAGAUGCAUGGAGUCAGUCAGCAGAGAGGACGAGGGGCGUGUCCCGGCGGUAGGGGCCCAGGGCAACCUCCGACCCUCCCCCCGGGUCUCCCCAGUCACCGUCAUUGACCGCCCAGAGUUUACGUUUGACUCAGAUUCCGACCUCCAGCAAGAUCCUUUCAACGACAGCGGAAUGUCCCCGACAAAGAAGUCCGACUUGGCAGACGACAGUGGACCCUCCCCAUCCAACGUCAGACGAGGCAGGCGGGCGGCUGUGAUUGACACCAAGAACAUUGGAGAUGUGUCGCCGACCAAUAUGUCGCCUACGUCAUCCACGUGCUCAUCUGACGACGAAGCAGAUGGACCGAGUGACAUCAGUGAUCGUCUAGGUUCGCGCGGUUCUUUCGAUGUGAGCGUUAUUCCCGGUGAUUUGCUAUUGAGUGAUCACGGCAAUAGACUGGCUAAAAGAAACACUAUUGCAGACCUUUCAUCCGGACCAAGAGUGAACUUAGAAGAUCACCGACGUGGAAAAUCGUCAUUCAGCCUGAUAAAAAAGAUGAAGGCCCGCAGCAAGGAGUCUCUCCACCAACUGGAUGAGCUUUUACGGAACAUGAAGCCCUCCGAGUUUAAAGACAACCAUUUGUCCAUAUAUAAGUCACUGCACUGGACAGAUCUCAUUGCUAGUUCCGACAAAUCCCCUACACGCAUUGUUCUACCAGAAACUGAACGCAAACGCCGCGAGGCAGUCUGGGAACUUUUCAAAGCAGAAUGCGUUUAUCUCAUCGACCACUUGAUGGUGCUUAAACAUUGUUUCAUGGAACCUCUGAAAAAGGUGCAAGUAGAAGGCCUCCUAAUGUUCGCGGAACCACAGGACCUGCUGGGCAAUCUGGACGAGCUGUGUUACGUGAGCUACACGUUCUGCAAGGACUUCAUCGCUUCCCUUCUGAAAGACAUCAGCAAUACGAAGUUUGGCAAUACCGAGGUUCUGCUGCAGUCAUUUGAGAGGUUCACGACCCACUCGCGGGACGGGGGAGUCUUCCACACAUAUUGUCUGAACUACGCCACGGCGCUGCCUUAUUUACACCAACUCAGGAAAAAUGACCAGUUUGCCGAGUUUGAAAAGUGGUGCAGUCAGGACCCGCGAUGUAACCGUCUACAGCUGACCGACCUGUUGGUGGCUCCGCUCCAGCACUGUACAAAGUUCCCCUUACUGCUCGGGAAUGUGAGGAAGUACACUGAGGACGAGCAGGAGAAAGAGGCCCUCUCGGACCUCAUACACAAAGUCAACAUGUCGUUACAAAAAAUGGAAGAUAAAAUGAAAUGGGCGCAAAAUUUUGAGCGAUUACAAGAGAUACAGAAACAGUUAAUAUGGCCACCAGUGUCCGAGCUGGCACCGCGAGCUUACAUACCGGAGUUCUUAAGGUCCAGUUUACAGCACCAGCCGUGUGAACAGUUUCUGGCAACAGAGGAUCGACAACUUUUGUUUGAGGGUCUUGUGACACUAAACGAAAUUACAAAGAGUUUUGACAUUUACCUGUUCGUAUUUGAUGAUGUGAUAUUGCUAACAAAACCAAAGAAAAUUCACAGAAAGAAACUCUCUCUGGAUAGCAGUAGUAUGAUGACGCCGACAAUAUCAUCCAAUGAGAAGCAAUCGUACACAAUGUAUCGGCAACCUAUUCCGACAGACCGUCUCUGUAUGUAUGACGUCAGUCCAUCUGAAGCAUCAGUGCUUGGAUUUAAGCACGUGACAGUGCUAGUACAGUACAAUCGGUACCAGCAGAUAGUGGAUGUAUUGACUCUACAGUGUGCCUCCGAGUCAAUCAAAAGUUCAUUGAUGGAAAAACUCAACGAAGCCAUCGGAAAUCAACGAACGUCGUCCGUAUGCACGAGUAGGACGAACUCGGUAUCAGACGGACCCACGUGACCAGUGCUUACUAUUACGUCAUAUACAUUGAUGCCUUCGUCUUUCAUUAAUUGAUUUCUUUUACAAAACAGUUCAUAUUUUCAUUCCAUACAUAUCGGUAUGUAUCAGAUAAUUUUUGACCGGAGGAAAUUGUAGUUUAUUGUCUUUUUCUGAGAGAAACGUUUUUCGUUAUUAUUAUUUUUUUUUUUAUCUUUUUUACAAAUGAAUUGUUAUUUCUCUCGCCUGAAUAAAGAUUAUCAAAUACUA